GCGAACAUAGAGCGGGCGGCGCAGAGCGGUUCCACUUCCGGCGGGCACCAGAGUUUUGUUUCCGGGGGGCGGGCGGGCAGCGGUGGCGCCCGGCGGCGGAGCGCGGGGAUGCCGGAGAUCGGGAUCCGCCAUGUGGUGUCCGCGAGCAGCGCCGACCCGACUCACUGCGCCGAGAACCUGCUCAAGGCCGACACCUACCGCAAGUGGAAGGCGGCGCAGGCGGGCGAAAAGCAGCUGUCGGUCAUCCUGCAGUUCGAGAAGGAGGAGCGGAUCCACAGCAUCGAUGUGGGCAACGAGGGCUCGGCCUUCGUGGAGGUGCUGGCCGGCAGCUCCGCCUCGCCCAGCGAGCAGGACUAUGAGGUGCUGCUGGUCACCUCGUCCUUCAUGUCGCCCUCGGAGAGCAAGGCCGGCACCAACCUCAACCGAGUCCGGAUGUUCGGCCCGGACAAGCUGGUGAAGGCAGCAGCCGAGAAGAAAUGGGACCGGGUGAAAAUUGUCUGCACCCAGCCCUACACCAAGACCCUGGCAUAUGGGCUGUCCUUUGUGAAGUUCCACUCGCCACCCGAAAACAACGAAACCCAAUCAAAAUCUGCCUCCCCGAAGGUGACCAAGCUGGGCCAGUUUAAGGUGAAGGACGAGGACAGCAGUUCUGCCUCAAUGAGGCCCGGGGCCCUGUUCUUCAGCCGAGCUAGCAAACCGCUUCUCACGCCGCCCAGAGCCCCGCAGACGGAGGAACCAUCCCCCAGCUACGCCGUGGCCACCCUCCAGGCCAGCACACCCGGCGCCUCCUCCCCCUCCGCCACAGAGAAACCCGCUGCCAGGACCUCCCCCAGCCGCGCUGCGGCCUCCCCCAAGGAUCCAGCUCCCACCAAGAGGAAGUUUGAGUUCAGCAAGGAGAACUCGGCACCCCCCUCUGCUCGGAAACCUGACGCCGAGGCCCCCCACCCCCCGCAGCCAGCCCCCAAGAAGCCCAAAGCCCCAGAGCCGCCCCCCCGCAGACCGCCAGCCCCCAAGAAGCAGCCGAAGGAGCCGUCGCCGGAGGGGGCGGGGGAGGAUUUUCAUCGCCUCCUGCAGGGGACGGUCUUCGUGCUGAGCGGCUUCCAGAACCCCUUCCGCUCCGAGCUGCGGGACAAGGCGCUGGAGAUGGGCGCCAAGUACCGGCCCGACUGGACCCCCGACAGCACCCACCUCAUCUGCGCCUUCGCCAACACCCCCAAGUACAGCCAGGUGAAGGGGCGCGGGGGCACCAUCGUGCGCAAAGAGUGGGUGUUGGACUGCCACCGGGCCCGGCGGCGCCUGCCCUGCAAACGGUACCUAAUGGACGGGCCACCCGCCUCGGGCAGCGAGGAAGAGGAGAGCGAGGAAGAGCCGCCUGCCCGGACCCGCAAGACCCCCUCCCCCCGACAGAGAGCCGGGCUGCCCAGCUCCAACCACCAGGGCAAGGCACCUGCCAGGGCCCAGCCGCCUCUGGGUGAGUCCUCAGGGGAGGAGACAGAGCCCGGCACAUCCUGGGCCAACGCCGGCAACUCGCAGGCCGGGGGGGAGAGCUCCCCGGCCUCCACGGACAGCGGGGAGCCCGCAGGGGCGAGAGACCGCGGGGAGGGCGACUCCGGCGACACGGACGACGAGCUGAGGAGGGUGGAGGAGGAGCACCGCAAGAAGCAGCAAGCGGGUCGGGAGGCAACUCCGGACCCCGACGACGACCCCUACGGCGGCUCCACGGACGAGAACACGGAUGUGGAGGAGGAGCCGGAUCAGCCCAUCCCGGAGCUGCCUGAUUUCUUCGUGGGCAAACGCUUUUUCCUGUAUGGAGAUUUCCCCUCCCAGGAACGACGCCUCCUGAAUCGCUACAUCACGGCGUUCAACGGGGAGGUGGAGGGCUACAUGAGCGAGCGGGUGAACUACGUCAUCACGGCCCAGGAGUGGGAUGACACCUUCGAGGAGGCUCUGAACGACAACGCCAACCUCUCCUUCGUCCGCCCUCGCUGGAUCUACACCUGCAACGAGCGUCAGCGACUCAUCCCGCACCAGCCGUACGUGGUGGUGCCGCGAGCGUAGGGCGGCGCUCGGGGAUCCCGCUGGCGCAGGGUGGCAUAGACUCAGUGGGGCUCGCAGCUCUCCUGUGUACAGACGAGACGCUGGGCGGCUGUUCUCGGUCCCUGCCUCGGCCUCCUGUUCGCGUCAAUGUCAACAACGGGCUGAGCUGGGCUGUGCCGGGGCAGGGCCGCCCUGGAUGUACCCACCUCCCCUGGCCAGACUCCCUGUUCCCCUCGAUGUACCCCCCCAAUCUUCCCUCCUGGCUCCUCUACCCCCUUUUCCGCCAGCGCUGUCAUUUCGACCUGUCGGGUUAAGCCUGGAUUGAGUCUGUGUGCGGACGCCCCCAAAGGGAUUUGAACCCAGCUUCUCGCUGUUCGCCCGCCCUACGAAUACAUCUCUUCGAACCGGUGUCCAGUCCCCUUUGCCCGCGCGGGCUUCCCCCCCCCUGUGUCCAGUCCCCUUUGCCCGCGCGGGCUUCCCCCCCCCCCUGUGUCCAGUCCCCUUUGCCCGCGCGGGCUCUUCCCCCCCCCGUGUCCAGUCCCCUUUGCCCGCGUGGGCUCUUCCCCCCCCUGUGUCCAGUCCCCUUUGCCCGCGUCAGUUCCCUUUUCAGUUAAACCCACCUGGCGUCUGCGGGCCGGAGUCUGUGACUGGAGGUGGAGAGCCCAAGGGGCUGGGUUAGAUGCUAAACUCCAGAGCAUUUACAAACCCAAAGCAAAUGCAGGAAACCUUCCGUCCCUGCCUGACCGCCCCGGGGACGGUGCAGCCGGGGGCCGCUUUGCACCGUGAAUUUCCACCGAGCCGCAGGGCGGGUGAGUUCAGGUCUUCGCAUUUGCUCUGGGCAAGGAAAUUAAGCUGGUUAGUUUCCUUCCCUCUCCCCCCUGGUCAGUUUCAGUCCUGUCUGGAUGGUUUCCCUUUCUCCUGCCCUAGAGCCUGGACUGCUGUUUGUAUUUGUGGGGGGCGGGGGCAGGUGGGAAGCUCUUUUAUACAGAAUUUUCUUUGAGCGAAAUAAACCGCUUUCGGGUGAA